AUAAUUCCUCAAUGGCGUCAUAGUAGAGCUUCGUGGGAGUUUUUUUUUUCAUUUCGUUAUUAUUUAUACUAACUCCCUAGCUUCGUGUAGCUAUAUGGAAUAAGCUCUGAGAGUUAUGUUAUCGAGUUGACUGGUAUCGAAUAAUUGUUAUUAUGUGACAUCAUUGAGGGAAAACUUACGGUUAUACCGCUGAGUUCGUGUGUACCGUUCGAGGCUGAGAAACCCACACGGUCAUAUAAAUUAAAAAGAUUUUAAUAAAUAUAAAUAAGCUGCGGAAAAUCAGACAACGCGAAAGCUCAGAAAUGGCUCGUCCCAAGUAUAAAGUUGCGUCGGAUUUGUGCGCCGAUUGUGGAGCCAUUGGACCAGGAUGGGCGUCCUUAAAUAGAGCUAUUCUUCUAUGCGACGAAUGUUGCAGUAUACAUCGCAGCCUGGGCCGUCAUAUAUCGCAGGUCAAGUGUUUACAAAAAGGCGUUUGGAAUCCUCAAUUGCUCUCUAUGGUACACACCCUCAAUGACAAUGGAGCCAACAGUAUUUGGGAACACUCCUUACUGGAUCCAAGCAAUUCAAAAGUUAGUAGAAGAAAACCUCAACCAAAGGAUCCACUGCAUCCUGUUAAAGCAGAUUUCAUAAAAGCCAAGCAUCAGCAACUGGCAUUCGUUCUGAGACCUAGUAAAGAUGAGAUGUGCAGCGAAGAAGAGUUGAGCAGGCAAUUGCACAGCAGUGUCAGAACAUCGAAUUUGGAAACGUCGCUGCGCUUACUUGCUCAAGGAGCAAAUCCCAAUUACUUUUACAAAGAAAAAGGUACAACACCGUUGCAUGUAGCUGCUCGAGCUGGUCAAGCUUUGCAGAUUGAGUUGCUGAUCGUAAAUGGUGGGAAUCCAAGUAUGGUUGACGUAAACGGUCAUACUCCAGCAGACGUAGCCCGAAUGGCAGGACAUUUGGAAUUGCAUGAAAGGUUGAUCGAGUGUAUGUACGAAGUUACCGAUCGUCUGACCUUCUACGUUUGCUCGAAAAAGCCGGACCAUCGAACGAUGGAACAUUUAAUUAUUCCUGAAUGGGCGGCUACUCUCGAAAGAACUGAACUCGCUUUCGAAGCUCGGAAUCGUUUACAAAUGUUGCCGAAUUAUUUGCUGGAAGAGCUUGCGAUGGACGUGUACGACGAGGUCGACCGCCGCGAGACCGAAGCCAUCUGGUUGUCAAGUGCAACGUUACCGGAGAGAUGCACGGUUCCGUUUCUGCCCGUUAAUCCUCAGUUAUCCUCCACGAGGAAUCAGGGGAGACAAAAACUUGCGCGUUUCACACCCAAAGAAUUCGCUACUCUCAUUAUAGAUCUUCUUACGGAGGCUGGACACAGGCAUACUCUCGCAAAUUCAGCACCGCUGCAAGAUCCAGUUGUUGCGAUGUUGCGGAAAGAACAAAUUCGUGGCAAACACGGAUCACAAAUGUCAGACGACGAGCCGCUCUACGACAGCGUAGCUUCCGACGACGAUUAUGCGGCGCUUACGUCUACCGAUAGCCCGGGAUCGCGAUUACCGUCUGAGCUCAACGUCGACAACGAGAAAGCGCUGGCUCCCAUGGCCAAGGGCUUGCCUUCCGUCGUUGAAGUUUUGAAGAAACAACUGAAUCUUUCGGAAGCAACUAUUAAGGAUCUACAGGAAGAGAUGCGUGGCUAUCAGCGAACAGUGGCAAGACUUACUCAGGAGAACCGCGAACUUAAAAAUAUGAUUCAGAAUCAAAUGAGAGCCAAAGUCCCCAACAAUGAUAUGGUAAAUGGUCAUGUCGCUGGAGAACAAGAGCCUGAGUUGGAACCAGUGCUUGACAUAAAAUCAUCUGUACCUCGAGGAAGUCAAAGACCAGCCUCGAUGUACGAGACUCGAGAAGGUUUACGAAAAUCGACACCGUGGACAACCAACAUUUGUCAGUCGAAACGCGAGGGUGAAACACUAACUCGUCCAGCCGCAACGCAAAGCCUCUGGGGCUGCGGAGCUCCGAAUUUACCGCCAUGCGAUGAAGUAACGCGACGAACGGAGCAGGUUACGAGAAGAAUUCAAGAACUGUGGCUCGCGAUGCAAGAUCCUGGACAUCGCGAAGCUUUCGUACCUUGUGCUGAGAGAAUUCGCGUUGCUGUUGCAGAGCUCACUGCCAUAUUUCCGCAGAAUCCAAUCGAUGACAAUAUAAGAUCAGCAUUGAGGCAACUGAACGGUAAUACUGGAAGACUCCAGGCGGAAUGCGCGGGCUUACAAAGAUGUACUAACGAUGCUGAACACAUGGAUCGCUGUCUUCAACAAGUACGAUCGUGCGCCUACGACAUAGCCAAAGCAACGAAACUCCUCGUAACGCAGUUUCAAACAUCUUAGACAAUAAUUUUAUUCGAUCAGAAUAUCAUUUUCCAUCUGUUUGGAAAAUAUUUAAUGAACAAAUUGACAGAAAUUUUGAUUUUUAGAAGUUUUUUUUUUAAGUUUCUUCGGAAGAAAAAAAUCCGAAAUAUUCUUCUGAAAAUACAUUUUUCUUAAAUUUCCGUUGGUUCAAUUUUUCAAGAUUUUAUCAUCAAAUAACGAAUCACCGAAAUUCUGAUGGAAUUGAAUUUUUGACUGUGGAUGCGUGAAGAACGAGAAAGCUACGAGAGGCACGAGCUCAUUGCCACGAGUAAAGAUUGCCAGAGCCUGUGAGCAAAGGAGCAAAGUCAAUGUAAAUAGAACCUGUACAUCGCGUCGUAGAGAUAGAAUUUCCGAGGAAACAGGGAAAAAAAGCCAAUAAUGAACUUUCGCGAAAAAUUGAGCGCAUAAUCGAACGGUAAAUGAAGAACUGAAUGAGCGCGCCUGAGUGUGUCUUUGUUACCGUUGAAACAAGAAAUAAAGACUGAAUAGCCAUAGUUUUAAUCGUCACAUUAGAUUCCACGACCACAAGUGUAGUACCGAAUAGAGAAGUACGUUUUUUCCUACAAAAAACGUACUUUUACGUUUGGUGCUUGAGAUCUUCGGUUCUCGAUUGAGAUCUGACAAAAGAUGACAUGGACAUCUGGUGUUGAAUUUCGAACUAAAUUUUAAGGACGUCCACACUAGCAACGAACACAGUCGCAUCUUCGUUGCACCCUCUUUUGGCCAAGCCACGCCUUCGUGUCAGAUCCCAAUACACAGCAGCGUACCGAUUCUAAUUCAAAACUUCUGCAAAUGCUGAUAAGAAACAAACGAAAAAUGGACAAUACGAAAAAGUGCAAUAUCCGAGACUCGCGUGCAUCUAAAUACGUUUUCUUUUUAAAUAGACUUUGUUGUAUAAGUAUUAUAACUAUAAUUACGAGUAUUCAGCCUAACGAUAUAUCCGCAUUAUUGUUAGAUCAUAUCGAUAUAUGGAUAUAUUUAUAUUGCAAGUGUAGAAUUUAUAACGAGCGAUCCAUUAAUCCAUUAACACUCUCUACGAUCGGAGAAACGACUCACACCAUUUAUUUUUCUUUUUUUUUGUUAAUUUGAAAAUUAACCUUCGAAUUGUACAUACGACGCUAUAAUCAUCGGAAACCAACAAAUUAGUUUCACAAAUAUAUUAUCUGUUACAUAUUAA